CCGUGGCUGCGGAUCUACAGAUGGGUAAGACGAGGAGUUCGCAGGAAAGCUAGGAGUGGCCUUGGCCCACACUCAGCGGCAUACGUGUUUUCGUGCCUAUUUCUGACACGAUUGGCUCUGAAGGCUUGGCUGGUGAGAGUUUGGUCUUUGGCGUGGUGUGGGGCCACACGGAUUGGCAUCGGCAUAGGAUCGGGCUCGCAAAGCAAUGUAUGUAGGAAGCAGGCAUGUUGCUGUGGCAGGGGUAGUGUUUAGCACAGGCACUUUAUGGCACAGGCGCGGCAUUUUAGUUCGUGGACAUGCUCGAGGCAUCGACCGGAUGACCGGGGGAGUCGCCCUCUGUGUCAGGGCGCUAGGGCUUUACGGUUGAAUUGGGGCACUUUAUGGCUGAGGAAAGGCACUUUGCAGCCAGUAUUGUAUGGCUUGGAACUAGGAUUUGGCUCUUUGAGAUCAGUAAGACUGCGGCCGGACCGGGAGGUUUUAGGAGUGUAAGUCCGGGGUCUAUUUGGGCCGGAGGUCCAGAGCUUUUGUGGGGCUGGCGCUGAUGGAAAUGCUUGCGCCGCUGCUGGCAGUGGAGAAACUCAGCACACACGGGAUUCCACGGAGGGGGCCCAGGUUUUGGUUUUCGGGCAAGGCUUUCUCGUUUCGGCCGGCUUGGUGCAGCGGCAGUCUUCUCUCCUUUUCUCAGGAUAUCGCCCGGAACAGGCCUUGCAGGGAAUAACGUACGUGCCUAGUUCGAGGCAGGGGAAGCUGGAGCACUUUGCGCAGGCGCCAGCGCAUAGCUUGGCGUCCGGUUUCACACGAUGGGACUUUGGUUUAUUGGAUUCAGAGUUAGAGUGCCUCAUGCAAUCGGCUGGGGUUGGGCUGGGGAUGGGAUCUAGGGAUGGUUUCCGACCUCCCCUUCUCCUCGGUAAUUGUGUUGCGUGGACGGUAGAGGGGCGCUCUGUCUUCUGGUGCUGCCAACUCGGUGCUGGCUCGCUCUCUUCCGGGCCGUGUAGUAUGGGUCUCGCUUCACUGGUUUUAGGUUCUCGUGUAGUAUGGGGCUACGGUUUUUCGGCCCGUCGUGUGUUUUAUCUCUGUGUUUUCUCGUGUUGGCCAGAUGGCCUUUUCCCGUUCGUAAAGCUUGGCGGCUAUGACCACGGGGCGCGCUCCACUUGUGUUGUUUUGCCAUUCAGUAUUGUACUUACGUACAACAGUGAGAGGAUGAAAUAGAAAUACGUAGAAAGAUGAUAACUGUGAGGAUAGAUGUAUCAUGAAGAAGUGUUGUAUACUGCAUUUUUCCAAGAAGAUAAAGCGAAACUGUGAUCAUCACGAAUGAUCUUCACAAGGAACGACACCUUGUGCGCCAAGAUAAUUACUCCGAUUUCGUAGAUUUAUUUGCAGAUGUAAUUUCAAAAGUUUCGUCUAUUUUUUAAUUGCAUUUUUUUCAAAAAACACUAUGUUUCGAUCUGAGACUGCAAGGUAUAACUUGAUGUCACCUAGUAUAUCGAUUUACAAAUAUUGUCCGUAAAAAGCAAAGAAAACUCAUCCUGAUAUUAAAUACCAAAGCUAAACGGUGAGGGAGAAUGUAGCUCGAGUUCCUUCUGAAUUGCACUUAAGGGACACCUGCUACGAAUCGGAGCCGCAUUGUGGCUUCGAGCCUCAAAAUUUUGCAUACCAGAAAUAAUAGCUUUUCAAGGAAUUAUUUAGAUUUCCAUCGUCUGCACUUUUCAAAACAAAACCCCAAGAAAACAAAUCUGCUUGACGUAAGCGCUUCCCUGCUAAACGCAACCAAUAAAAUGCUUUUACCUAGUAAUCCUGAUUUUUACGUUUGAUAUGAUCACCUUAAAGAUAAAAAGUGUACGUAUUUUUUUUGCACAGUCAUCGCUCCGUAGAGAUAGAAGUAGCGUCACGAUAAAACUCUGCGUUGUUUUUUUUUCGCAGUCAAGUUGAUGACUACUAGUUUAUGAUCAGCAAUAGCUGCAGGGAAAGCAUCUCAACUGUAUGUUGUGUACAUACCUUUGGGUGACCCUCUUUCCCUUGAUUUCAUCAAACUUACUAGUGCUACUUCGGCCCUUGUUCGUGAUGUUGAUGUACGUAUUAAACCGUUUCGCACGACUUCGAAUAUUCUAUUUUCACUGUAUUUUUCCUUCUGGUUCAUCCGCACGACCACUGGUAAUCCUCUUGCACAGCCACGACAGCAGGCAGCCGCGGCACUGGUUCCAGUUGGCUCGGAAUGAUGAAUUUUGUCCAUACUUUUUCUGUAAAUUCUGCCUUGGACAUUUUGAGGAUGACGUAUGAACAGCACCUGUUGUACAACUAGCUGUAGGUCUUCACGACUUUCGACGGCCACGUAUGAUGAUACCACUGGUGAGCAGAAAGGAAUGACACAGCACUGGAGAUGAUGGCAAAACCACUUUUUGUGCC